AAAAUCAUAGGCUUACCUUACGAAAAACAGUUUAGGUCCAUCUUGAUUUUAAUUUUGAUACUGACCUGCUUUUAUCAUAGAUAUGCAGAAAAACGUGCUUUUUAUCAUAGACAACAAAGCUUUAUUGCCAUGGUUUGUAGCAUUCACAAGAAUACCAAAGUUUAUAUCGUAGUUGUUAAUGUAUUAAAACAGAUCAUAGGUGACGUAAAAAAAGAAAUAUAUUGAAUGGAGAGGAAAAUAAGUGACACGGUAGAGAUAAAUAAGAAAAAUAGGAAAUUAAUAAAAUCUAAAACUGUGAAUUUAAUUUGAGAUUUUAAUCUAUGUGGUAUAAUGUUACCUAAUGUAUUACCUAUAGAUACUAUGUCGUAUAUAUGACCCUAUUUCGAUACUUGAGCAAUGGACAUCUGAGCAACAAUUUAUUAUUAAAACUUAACUAUAAAUGUCUGUACACUGUGAACUCACAUACGUAUGGCUCUUGGCUAACCCUCAAUUUUGAAGAAACUUUAUUUAAAAUACGUCUUAUUUUCUACCACGUACAUUACGUCAUUGAGCGUCGGCCCGUGACGCUGCGUCUCUUUGUUGGCCCAGCGGCAGCGUCGCUCCUCUGUUGUUGUUUUCUCUGCCACUGUGAAAACUGAAAUGCUAGCAAGCUAAAGAAGUAUUUUCAAUUCGUUUGGCUUUAUCUCUUAAAAGACAGCCCUCAAACUAAUCUCGCUUGGCGUGUCACAACAUUAAACGCAACCCAGCCAUGGACUCGGACGAGGGUUACAAUUACGAAUACGACGAUGACGAGGAAUGCAGCGAAGACAGUGGCGAUGAGGAGCCCGCUGACGACACCCUGGAGCUCGGGGAUGUGGAGCUUGUCGAUCCCGUGGUGGCCGGUGGAGAGCGAGACGAUUGCGGGGAGACGGGAGGCAGCGGGCCCGGACAGGAUGAGGAAGACUACCGCUUUGAAGUUCUCACCGCCGAGCAGAUCCUGCAGCAUAUGGUGGAGUGUAUCAGGGAGGUCAACGAGGUGAUCCAGAAUCCUGCUACAAUCACUAGAAUAUUACUUAGUCAUUUCAAUUGGGAUAAAGAAAAGCUGAUGGAAAGGUAUUUUGAUGGUAACCUGGACAAGCUGUUUUCAGAGUGUCACGUUAUAAAUCCCAGCAAGAAGUCUCGGACACGCCUCAUGAACACAAGAUCGUCCGCACAGGACAUGCCGUGUCAGAUCUGCUAUCUCAACUAUCCUAACUCGUACUUUACCGGUCUGGAAUGUGGGCACAAGUUCUGCAUGCAGUGCUGGGGCGAUUACUUGACCACCAAAAUCAUAGAGGAAGGAAUGGGACAGACCAUUUCCUGUCCUGCUCAUAGCUGUGAUAUUCUGGUGGAUGACAACACAGUCAUGCGACUGAUUACAGAAUCAAAAGUGAAGUUGAAGUACCAGCAUUUAAUAACCAAUAGUUUUGUAGAGUGCAACCGACUGUUAAAAUGGUGUCCGGCACCUGACUGUCAUCACGUUGUCAAAGUUCAGUACCCAGAUGCCAAACCUGUACGAUGCAAGUGUGGUCGGCAGUUCUGCUUCAACUGUGGAGAAAAUUGGCAUGAUCCAGUCAAGUGUAAGUGGCUAAGGAAAUGGAUUAAGAAAUGUGACGAUGACAGCGAGACGUCAAACUGGAUUGCGGCAAAUACGAAGGAAUGUCCGAAAUGCCACGUCACCAUAGAGAAAGAUGGCGGCUGCAACCACAUGGUCUGCCGGAACCAAAACUGCAAAGCAGAGUUCUGCUGGGUUUGCCUGGGGCCAUGGGAGCCGCAUGGGUCUGCUUGGUACAAUUGUAAUCGUUACAAUGAGGACGAUGCCAAGGCAGCCAGGGAUGCUCAAGAGCGUUCCAGGGCGGCCUUGCAGAGGUACCUGUUUUAUUGCAACCGCUACAUGAACCACAUGCAGAGCUUGCGCUUUGAGCACAAGCUGUACGCCCAAGUCAAGCAGAAGAUGGAGGAGAUGCAGCAGCACAACAUGUCGUGGAUCGAGGUGCAGUUCCUGAAAAAGGCCGUGGAUGUGCUUUGCCAGUGUCGAUCGACGCUCAUGUUCACCUACGUCUUCGCGUUCUACCUCAAGAAGAACAACCAGUCCAUUAUUUUCGAGAAUAACCAGGCGGAUUUGGAGAAUGCCACAGAGGUGCUGUCUGGAUACCUGGAGCGUGACAUCUCCCAGGAUUCUCUGCAGGACAUUAAGCAGAAAGUACAAGAUAAAUACAGAUACUGUGAGAGCAGACGGAGAGUGCUGCUGCAACACGUACAUGAAGGCUAUGACAAAGACCUGUGGGAGUACAUCGAAGAUUGAGGCUACAUCUCCACAUCACAGACUCUCUGAGAGAAACUCCACCCUCUAGAAUGAAAACAGAGCAGCACAGAUCUCCGCUGCCUCCUCCCUGGCAAACCGCCCUGCAUUGCAUAAUUUUUCCAGAGUUUUGUUUCAUGCGAAGCAUAAGAGUAAAUUAUAUUUAAAUAAAAAAGUUAGAAUAUAAAAAAUAUUAAAUGUUCAACAGUAUUGUUAGCAGCGCCAAGCGCGAUGCUGAGAAACCCAACAAAAGGCGAAAUAUCUUCCAUUUGCUUGCAUUGUAAAAUCUCCUUAGAAAUCUUUCCCUUCCUUAUCAGUUUGUGGAUGUUCUGUUUGACUUUAUUUUAUACAAUCUUUAUUUGUGGGUGUUGAAAAUGGACAUUAUUUUCAAAACGGCUUUAAUCUUUCUGACCAUGCUGAAUGCUGAAUGUUGAUGGGUUGGUCAGAAAGAGGCGACUUUUUUUUAUCAAGAACGUUAGUGGAAUAGAACGCGCAAAAAAGUCAAAUUCGGUAUUUUUCAAUUUGUAUAUAAUGCAUAUGCAUGAAAGUUAAAGAAUAAGAGUGUGGCAUGUGCAUCAUUUUUAAAAGAUAUUUAUCUUUACAGAUAUUCAAAAAAAAAUGUAUAUUUGCUGUGUAGAUUGAGUGUCUCCCUAUCUGGGAUCAUGCCUCUAAAGAGGGUUUGGACUUGACAUAAAUCAUGAGUCCGUGUCUCUCCCUCCACUCCUCCCUCUUGCUCCACAGGGGCCGAGCAGGGUUAGAUUCUGCCAAAUCGAGCAGAAGUGCCAAGUUGGUGCGUUCUGCUGACUACAAGCUGAAUUCUCUGAACGUUGUUGGAGCUUCUGGCUUUAUGGUCGGAGGAAAUGGGGAUGGUGUAAUUUUCGCUGCUUUUUCCAAGGUUUAAACAGGACAGUGGUUUUUCUCUGCUCUGCAUCGUUUGCUGUUAUUGUCCUCUUAGGUAGAUUUAGUAUCGUAAGAUGAUUUUAAGAGGUAUAUGAAUAAUUUCUGAGAGCCAAACUGAGUGACAUUCACUCAUAUUAUCUUUUAUAUUUUUUCUUUGUCUCUCUGAAGUUCAUUCUAAUUUGACCCAGCUUUUUCUCCGGAAGCCUAACAUGCACAGAUAAAAUUGUACUCAGGCUUGUCCAACUGCUUUUCUUGACAGCUGUUGUCAAGUGUUCUGAUUGAGCCAUUGACAAACAGGGUUAGGCUUUUUCCACCAUACCAAAUUUUGCACACCGCAUAACUAGUAGUCGGAAGCCACUGUUUUCUCUGCUAUUUCAAGUGAGACUGUACAUUGCUUUCAUUCGUUUUGUGUAAAGUAACCAUGCAUUUGCACCUGCAGUAGUUUCCAAAGGGCCGUUUGAGUCACGAUAUGGUUUGCAGGGGAAAAUGGUGUAACCUUUGUACUGUGAUGUCAGAUUUGUGUUCAUUCAUGCAAAAUUGUACAAAUUGUGUGUGGAUACACCGUGACCAUCAUUGAAGCACGGAGUCCCUGUCUUAAGGGAUAGAGGGGUGGGGUUUCGGGAUAGACACAGGUGGGACAUGCAUACAGUGUCAUUGCAGAGCAAGUUGGAGUAGUAGGACAACACCAAAGUGUCAGUGUCAAACUGAUGACGUUUUUUCACUUUCAAGGCCAAGUGGCUGGAAGUACAAUUUUUGUUUUUGUUCUAAUGUGCUUCAUGAAAAUAAAUGUCAGAAAUGCAUUCUCUUUUUGAGAAUACUGUCACUAAAGUAAA